CGCGAAGUCUCGAGUCUCGUGCAAUAUUUUCAUGUCAACAAGAAAGAAGACAGACAGUUUGGAUGAUACUGUGACGGGAUUACGUAUUGGACUUAUCGAUUAUUACCAACUUAUUUAGGAUUUUUAUUGCUAAAAAGUAUUUUACAACUCUAUUAAUAUUCUAAGACUGUGAUUAUAGAUCACCACAAUACAAAGGUGGACUUACAUUCGGAAAAUCGAAGUUUUAAGCCUAGGCCACAGGAAGCAGUUUCUGGCAGUUUCGACGAGUGUCGUGCGAACCUUUGGCCUUGGGUUCGAGGAGGUAUUUAUUUGUGAUCGAACACGCUACAGCCUUUUGUCUUUUUAUCUUUCUUUUAACUUUCCAGUAGUCAAAAACAUGGCUAGUAUUGAACUGUGUUCAUCAAGGAACAGUGUAUCAAAAGCCUUGACUAAACCAAAGAGAAGGACGGUAUGUGACGGGUAAAGAGAACAACUCAGAAGUGCUGCUGGACCGACUAAUAGAUGAUUUGUACUUGAAGUCCCUCGAAGGCUUUUUGUAUGUCCUCUCUCAAGAAGGAGAUUUUGUUUACCUGUCUGAAAAUGUCUCAAAAUUCCUUGGUUUGGCACAGGUUGAUCUGAUGGGACAAAGCAUCUAUGAAUUCACACAUCCUUGCGAUCAUGAAGAGAUUCGUGAACAGUUAGCAGACAGGCCAGGAGUGUGUAUAACCAACAAAGUGAGGGAGCAUCAGACCUUCCUGUUACGAUUAAAAUGUACGCUGACAGAAAAGGGCAAAACCGUCAAUCUCAAGUCGGCCAUUUACAAGGUGGUACAGUGUGUUGGUCAUAAAGAAUGGGUUGAUUUGGUCGACUCAAAAACUGCAACAUCAACAAUAUCAUCAAGUUUGUGUCUUGUGGUCGUUGCAUCACCCAUCCCCCACCCAUCCAACAUUGAACAUCCAUUGGACAGUAAAACAUUUGUGUCCAGACACAAUAUGGACAUGAAAUUCACAGAUUGUGAUGAAAGAAUUGAAGAACUCUUGGGUUACAAAACAUCAGAAGUAGAGGGUCACUCAUUUUACAAAUUCUUUCACGCUGGUGACAACGAAGUCGUCGAAAAGAAUUUAAAAGACUUAUAUUCCAAGGGACAAACUGUGAUUGGUCAAUACCGGUUCUUGGCAAAAGAUGGUGGCUAUGCCUGGAUCAGUACAGAAGCAACAAUUAUAUAUCACAACAAGACGUACAAACCACAAUGUAUUGUUUGUAUACAUUACUUGAUUAGGUAUGAAGAUCAAAUGUCAUCAGGCAAGAAUGAGUGCGCCUUUGACUACGCAGAAAUGAAUCAUGGCAUCGGUGACAACUUUAUGGACUUUGAUCCAUUUGCACCAAUGGAUUUUGAGAUGCAGCCAGAGAGUCAAAUGUCACCACAGAUGUGUAUAAGAGGCAGGAUGGUUGGUCUGAGUCGUAGCAUGCCAAACAUGUCUGUUGGAUCAGGAAACACAGGUGCACCUGCUAAAAGCCCCAAAAUUCUUGAGGCGAUUCAUGAAUCCGUGUUACCAUUGCAUCUGGAGACCUCCAAUCAAUAUUCUUCUCCAGAAGAUUGUCUCAGCAUUCUACAGAUUCUCUGUGAUCAAAAGGAUGGCCAGCAAAAUACUCUGCAGGGGUUACCAGUACAACUUAACCAAGAGCCACGAAUCUCAUCAGCAGCAUCACAUAUCUCACCACAAACAUCACUGAUCUCACCAGCAAUGUCACAGAACUCACCACAAACAUCACAGAUCUCACCAGCAACAUCACAGAUUUCACUAGCAACGUCACAGAACUCAAAACAAACGUUACAAAUGUCACCAGUAACGUCACUAAGCUUACCACAGACUUCACAGAUUAUUUCAACAGCAGCAUCAUCAUCAGGAUUGAUGGCAUCAUUGCCCCAUAUACGAAUGAACUUUGACCCAGAAAAGGAUCCCGAUCCUGAUUGGAGACAGCUGGAAGCUAGUCAGCCUUACCUAAAGCAACAAUUUGGUUAUGGAAAUAAUGGAUCAAACCUGAGAUUACUGAAACGCAAGCUCAGUAGCGAUUUCAAUUCACCAAAUGCAAAAUUGUUUGCACAUUCCUCUGGUAACGGAAUGCCUGUGAAGAAAGAAUUUGAUUCAAAAUCAACAAUUUUUCCACAACGUAAACAGACAAUAGGAACAGUUGACCUGAAUGCAUGGGCCAGCAUUCUCAGCCAAUCGGAUCGUACUUUGACCAGUGACAAACUCAUACAUUCUAAGCUUCUACAGCAAGUAGCUAUGAAAGCGAAUGAGUCCUCAAAGAAUAUCUGUAAGCCAACUCAAUCGUUAUUCGGCACGCCCUCUAUUGCCAGUCUGUUGCCGCUCAUCAACCAAUAUGAUGCAGAGGUCAAUGCGCCGAUCACGCCUUCAUGUCUCCUGCAUGGAAAUGACCUCCUCAGAGCGCUUGAACAGUCAAAGGGUGAGACAUAAUUCACUCUGAGGCCAGUUUUCAGCACCAAUUUCAUGUUAGUAUAGUAUUUUUGUCAAAACUUAAACUCUCUGAUACCUUUAGUAUUAAAGAGUAUCUUCCAGGUAACAGGAUGUCAAACAAUAUUUGUUUUUUUCAGGUGUAGAGGCUUGGCGAGGCCUUGCUAGGCCAGGCUAGGUUAGGCUAGGCCGUACCGAGGCCCAUGUGCCUGUUCGUUUAGGUUGUUUAAAACCUAAUUUCAAUGAGAAUAGAACCUUUAGUUUAUGACUUGACUUCAACAAUAAUUGUUGUCAUUGAUUAUUAGUUUGUCAUAUAUUUAAGACGGCCCCUAAAUAUCAGCCGACAAGGCUACAUAGGUCAAGCUGGGAGGGUCACCUAUGGUUUUGGUUUAAAUAGAAGUAAAUGCUUUGUAAAUAGCCAUAUUUUCAUUUAGUAUUUUGGUAUAAUAAGUAUAUUCUUACUUGAAUAAAAUUCAAUAGGGAAUGGACAAUUGAAUAAUUAGCAGAAUUAUCAGACUGAUUUAAGGAAUUGAGUAUCCAGUAGGGGAACUGGGUAUCUAGUGGGGGAAUUGAGUAUCCAGUGGGGUAAUUGAGUAUCCAGUGGGGAAUUGAGUAUCCAGUGAGGGAAUUGAGUAUCCAGUGGGGGAAUUGAGUAUCCAGUGAAGGAUUUGAGUAUCCAGUGGGGGAAUUGAGUAUCCAGUAGGGGAAUUGAGUAUCCAGUGGGGCAAUUGAGUAUCCAGUGGGGCAAUUGAGUAUCCAGUGGGGCAAUUGAGUAUCCAGUGGGGGAAUUGAGUAUCCAGUGGGAGAAUUGAGUAUCCAGUGAGGGAAUUGAGUAUCCAGUGGGGGAAUUGAGUAUCCAGUGGGGGAAUUGAGUAUCCAGUAGGGGAAUUGAGUAUCCAGUGAGGGAAUUGAGUAUCCAGUGGGGGAAUUGAGUAUCCAGUGAGGGAAUUGAGUAUCCAGUUGGGGCAUUGAGUAACUAGUCAGGGAAUUGAGUAUUUAGUGGGGAAUAGAGUGCAUGGAAAGCUUGUACUGUAAAUAUGUUUUGUAAACAAAAUGAAGCAGCUAUAAGAAUUUCAUGAGAUUUAAAAACUUAUAUAUUUUUUCCAUCUAUAUUCUGUAAGUUAAAGUGAUAUUUUUAAAACAUUGCUUGAAUUAUUCAGAACAAGUAGAUGCAAUUAAGUAAUAAGUUGAUUUAAAUAAAGUGGGCAUAUAAGUGCCUAGAGAACUUGUAAAUACAUGUACUGUAAGUGUUUCAGUUAGAGCAACACUGUAAUAUUAAGUUUUCUGUGUAUUUUUUCUCUAAUAUUUUGUAGCAUUGCUGUUGAUUCAAAAAUCAACAUAAUCUAAGGACAGGAAUUGUAAAUAUACUACAACAUGAUAUUAUGCGUGACUAUGUCAGGUAUACUACAACAUGAUAUUAUGCAUGACUAUGUCAGGUUUCUGUCUCAAAAAUUGUGUUCUUAUUGUGAAUAUUACUAUUGCUUUUAUUAUUUUAUUUUUUUGUCAUUGCUUUGCAUUACUUUAUAUCAAUACUUACUAAGAUUGGCUUUGAAUUGCCAUUCUAAUGCUUAAAGUAAAUGGAUACAUUAUGGAUUCACUCUGUCUUUUAACAGUGGCUCUGAUUGUUGUAAUCAUGUCUUAAAUAUUCAGAAAUGUUUAUCGUGUCUGCUUUAAGAUACAGUUUGUGAUAAGUAGAACAAUUAAAUUCCUUAUUUGAAUUGCUUUCAUUGUACAUUUAAGUUACUUAUUAGCUUUUGAUAAGUAUUAGAACAAGUCAUGCUUAAGUAUCGAUACGUAUGGUUCUACCACUGUUGUGUGCACUACUAAAUGUGCGACGACGAGACACUAGAACAGAUGUACUCGUGCUGACCGUCCUACAUUCUUUGUACAAUGUAGAUUUGGUCAAAUUGCAUCCUAGAAUCCGUGCGACGAGAAAUUAACACUCUCGCAUGCCCAGAUUAAUUUAUUACGUUUAACAUCCCACCACGUCAUGCAAAUGAUUCUCCAUGUGAAAGUCUGCACUUUUAAAGCACAUGACACAGAAAAUACUGGGGUCACAAACUUAAAAUAAGUGAAGAGAUGUAAUUGAAAUACAAAAAAAUUAACAACUCCAAGCCAGCACCCAAAUUGUAGUAAUGGUGACAUGCCUAUGUCACUGACCAGGAAUCUAUUAAAAUGUACUUUCAUCUGACAAGAAGUCAAUUAUUUGGCCAUCCCAUGCCAAAAAAACAUAACUUAUUUUUUUUGUUAAGUUGCGUUGGAGCAGCUGUAUUUUAUUUGUGUUUUGUAAUUUAGUUUCAAAGACCCCUGUUUGGGUCUUUUCGACUUAAAUGGGUUAUUCCAAUUUGUUAGUUGUUGCACAUUCAGUCAGUCAGUAUAUCAGUGUAUCCAUAUAUUGGACAAAAGUGUUAUACAGUUUUAAAAAAUAUUGCACGUCAGUUGUCUGCUACUGGCCUUCGUUAUCAAAUAUAAUAAUAUUUAGAUGGGCCUAACCUUUUUUAUUCAACAUGCUUUUAUGAUUUUUAUAACAAUUAGUAGAGUGUGAUUAUAUAAACAGUGGUGAUUGACUUUAUAAGUGAUACCAGUCUAUUAUAUUGUUAUGUUUCCAUUGUGUAAUGCCUUGCACUCACUGCGUCGUACAACCGUCACACGACGAAUCCAACUCAGUUCGCUGUGAGCGAUUGACGAUGCAACACCGUCUGCUGAUUGUCGGUAGCUGUCUGAACAGAUCGUCAUUAAAAAUUAUCUGUUGCGCGCGUUUCUUAUUAAAAUCGCGUCGGUCAACGACCGUCAUGCCCGGUGAGUGCCUGGCUUAACUAGUUCAAAUGGUAACUAAGAUCCUAACUGCUUUCUUUUGCGCUCUUUGACCAAUAACUAAAGAUUAAUGCUAAUACUGUAUAUUAAGUUUUUGCACUUUUCAACAAGUAUAACUUGUAUAUUACAGUGCAUAUCUAGAAAAAUUACUAGCAAGAGAUUAUAUUUUAAUUAUGAAUUGAUUUUGAAAGUGGACUCAUAACGUUUUAUUUUUUAUAUAAAAUGUAACUAUUUUUGGCUAGGCACUUAUUAGAGUGGUCUGUGACCGUUGACUCUAAGUCAGUUUUUAGAAAAAUGUCAAGUGUUAGCUAAAGUUUUAACCAUGAACUGUAUUGAAAGUUAAUUACUUUUUGCUAUGUUGUAUUUCUGAAGAAAUAGAUUACAUAAUAUAUGGUAAAGAACAAUAUAAAGUAAAUGACAGCAGCACUUUAUAAUAUAUGGUAAGUAAUGUUUAAACAGUUACAUUCAUUGCUCAGUGAAUGAUAAUGGUAUACUAUGGUACGUUCAUAUAUAAUAUAUAUGAUAUGCUAUGAUAUAUAAUAUAUAAUUAAGAAUGACUGCAACCUGCCAUUGAUAUAUGAUAUGCUAUGAUAGACAUGAUAUAUGCUAUGAUGUAUAUGAUAUGCUAUGAUAUGAUAUAUAUUAUAAGCUAUGAUAGAAAUGAUAUUCUAUGAUAUAUAUAAUAAACUAUGAUAGAUAUGAUAUGCUAUGAUACAGUAUAGUGAUAUGUAAUAGACCAACAUCAACCUGCCAUAAAUGAUUAUGAUAUGCUAUGAUAAUAUAUAUGAUAUAGUAUGCUGAUAUAUGAUAUGCUUUCAAUGCAUAUAUCAUAACGCCAUUAGAACUACUGCAUGCAAACAUCCAUAUAUAUUAUUUUCUGUCUCAUAUUAAACUAUUAUCCUUGUAUGUUGCUAUAUGACAAUAAUUCAAAAAAACUAUUUGUGGCAUGUUGCAGUCUCUUUGAAGUACUUUUUGACGUCAUACAAUUUUAAUUUCUCUAUCAAGUAAUUAAUCUGUGACUUUUAUUUGUUUGUUUUUAUUCACCUUUUUAUUAUCUAAUUGGGAAACCACAUUUUCUAUCAGUUUAAUCAUUAUGGUGUAAGGUGCUAGACUGGAUAGGGUCAAUGUCUAUUGCUUGUAUUUAUAUUUUCUUUCAUUUGUUGUGUGUUGGAUUAAAAACAUUGUAUCAGCUUA